AGCUCGAGGUGGGCGUCCGGCAUGUGGGGGUGCGGACUGCAGGACCGGUGCUGGGCGGUUGGUGACCUCUCAGGGUCAGCGGUGAAUGGCACGCCCUGUCUUCUCUGCUCAGACGUAGCGUAAGUGCGCUGUCCAUCCAGAUUUAAACAUGGGAGAAAAUCAAAACAUUAUAGAAGCUCUGAGAGGCAAAGUAAGAGAAAAGCUAAAAAAUGCCAAGAUUAAUCAAGGUGAAAAAUCUUCAACUCAGCUGCUUACUGAAAAUAAGAUACAUCAGUUGUCUAAGACUGAAGUCUCACCGGAUGAAGGUCUUUCAUUUUUCAUUCUGAGUGGUGAAGAAUACUCAGCGUUAGGCCAGUCUUCAGAGCAGAGAUCAGUAAAUGACAGUUACCACAAACACUUUUCACUUGGUGAUAAUUUACAAAGCUUUGCUGAGAGCCAAGAUGAAGAUUUUAUGGAAGAAAUUAUUUUCCCAGAUUUACUUGAAGUAAAGGCUGCUGAUUAUGAAGACGAUCAAGAACAAAUGAAAAAACUACAGGCAAAUAUUUUUGUUCCAAGUAGUUCUCCAGUGAUUAACCAGCUUAAACUGCCAGAAGAUAUGAUGCCACGCAUUUUAGAAGAAGAAGGAUUCUAUAUUCAGAAAAAGCCAGAAAUAUAUAAAAAGACCUGCAACAAAAUGGAAAACCGCCUGCUUAAACUAGAAGAGGGAAAGUGUUGGUUUGAAGAAAGUGGAGAAAUAAUGUCAUUACCUUCACCUAUUAGACGGUCAUGGAAUUUCAGACUAAACAUAAGAAAGGAACCUUUAAAUCCAGCACUGAAAACCAUAUACAGGAAGGCAAUGAAAUCUGAUCUGGAAAGCUCUAUCAGGAACAAAAUGAAAGGUCAAAGGGAAAUGUAUCAAUUAGAUCUCAACAUUGUGGGUUUGCAAUUCAGUCAUCAUCCUCUCUUCAAUCAAGAACACGUAUUAUGUGCUAGGCUUCUCCAACUUUAUGAGUGUUUUCAGGACAGGCAGCAACAGAAUUUACCUCAGCUGCUUUAUGAGAAGCUUAAAGCACUGACAGAUGCUACCAAAUUGGCAAAUGAAAAUUUGGAAAGAAGCCAGCUGACCACAGAAUCUUUACAGGAUUAUUAUUGGCAGAUAAGUAAUACAAAACAGCUCUAUGAUUUAGAAAGGGAAAAGGACUUCUCCCUUCUACGCAGUAUAUUACGGACUUGGAAACAGAUAAAAUCCCUUCAACAACGGCAAGGGGUUACAAGUACCCUAAUAAAGUUACAGUUUCAGAGGAUGAAAGUGAAUAAAUGUGGUGAACAAAAACAGGAAGAACUGUCAAAAAUGCCUGAGACUAAGAAGAAAACUGAAGGAAAAGCAUUUAAGAAUGGGGAGAAACAGGAGAGCUCUUCUUAUUUAGCUUCAGAAUUUGAUGAAAUGGAUAUUGAAAGAAUAAAGCCACAACUUUCUUUCACAGCAGAAUUAACAGACUUAUCCAGGUGUUCACUGCAUGAACAAAAGAGGAGAGCCAAAAUUCAGAAGCUUAAAUAUUUUAUUAAAAUACUGUACAACAAUAAACAGGUUUCUUGCACUUCAGUAUCUCCCCUACAGUUUGAUUUUAAAGUCAUGUUUCAGCAAAUUUUCAAUAUUCAGUUAAUAUAUUGGCCUGAAACAAUUUGCUUGGAGGUUUAUGAAAAAAGUAAAAGGACAACCUUACUAGCAAAACUAUAUUUACCUUUACUUAACAACACAGAGCUGAAAAGCAAAAGUGUUUUGGAAUAUGUAGAGUUUAGCUCUGAUGAGCUGGUCAUACCUGCAUAUGGAGAAGUAGGAAGCAAUGUGCCCUUUCUUCUUGAGGGGAAUGGAACAGAAGAACUUUGUCUUUUGACAUCAGGAAAACUAAGCUAUUGUCUAUCGUGGGCCUUGGAUGAAAAUGGCAUUUCUCUCACACCUGUGUCACAGUCAUCAAGCUCUGCUUACUGCAGUGUGUUAAGGAAUGUAAGUGCAAGAGGUGUUCCUGGAAUUCCGUGGCUUAUUAAUGCACAGAAGCUUUUUGAAUGGGCAAACGAAGUCAGAAUUGACCCCAACCAUCCAGAAUAUUCUGAUUUAGUGGAAUUUAUUAUGUACAUAAAACAUAAAGGACAGGAUAUGCCGAAGUAUUUUCGUCUUGAACAGUUGCAAGAUGAAUUUAACUUUGUUUCUGAAGAGGAAAUGAAAAAGAGCAAACGUUUCCAGCUAUUGCAACUGAGAAAUGCAGGUCAGGUAGAUGUUUCCCUUCUGCAGCAGAUGCCCCUCUAUGACAGAGAGAUUCCGGAUGUAGUCUUCCAGGAAUAUGAAAGCCAGGUGGAGAAGGAUAUGUCCAUUUCAGAUGUGAAUUCUAUUAUCGCACAAAGGAUUAAUUCUGUCAAUUUUCUGAAAAAGAUGAGAAGGUUGAUAAUGAGAGGAAUUGUCAAAGUUAGCAAAUUUAACUUAUCAGAUAUUGUGGCCGAUUAUGAAGAAAUUGUAUCUGCAAGCCAGUUGACACAUGCAGUUUGUAAGCUUCUGGAACGACGAAGAAAGUUAAAGCCUCAGAGGAAAGACAGGAAAAAAGUGGCUGCACAGACAAUUUGUGAUGGAGACAUCAAGAUUCUUGUCAGAAUACUGAGAGCUUAUAAUAUUCCAACGAGGAAGACAAUAGUUAAUAGAGCCUUGGAUAUGCCUACUUACUUGAUAUCAUCCAUGUCUGGCCUCAGGCAAAAAGAAACAAUCAAAUCAGUAGCCUCAUAUGGAAUCUUAAAUGAGGAUACUGUACACCCUUUUGUCGAAGUUUCCUUUCAGCACACUGUAUACCAAACCAGUAUUGCAAGUGGAUCUCAUCCAUGCUGGAAUGAAGAAAUUAAAGUAGAUUUUAUCUUACCAGGACAUGAUUAUAACUUCGCAAGCUUAUCUAAAAUAAAAGAUAAUAUAUAUAUCAACAUUUUUGAUGAAAUGAUUAUUGAAAAACAUGAGGAUCACUGUUUCAAGAGCUGCAGUGGUCAUUCAUAUAUAAGAAAGAAUUGGCUUGGAUCCAUUGUCUUCCCUUUUUCUGCUCUCCUGCAACAAUCUGAGAUUAGUGGGACAUUUCAAGUAAAUAUUCCACCAGUUUUGCUUGGAUAUACUUGGGGUAAGACUUACGUGUCUCCUAAAGAAGAUUAUAAUGGGCAGAAUUUAAAAGAAUGUACCUUCUUAAAUAUUUUUGCUACCAUUGAACCUCAAAUAUCAUAUGCCAUCUGUAAUCCGGAACCAGACAAGUUUUCAGAUCAAAUAGAUGUUUUGGAGAGAGCACAUAUUUUUAAAAGAAAUUGUAAGGCAGUAUUUCCUAACCGAAGAAUCACAACUACUGUUUUUAAUGAGGAGGGGAUACAGAUCUUAGUAACAAGAUACAUCAAGGCAUUAAAUCCACCUCAGCAACUCAUGGACAUAUUUCUUCGUGAUUCUAAUUCAACACUUGGCCUUAUUGCUCGCUUUGUAUCUUUGAUUCCUAUUAUGCCUGAUACACUGGAUGAAGAUGAUGGUUUUGAUAUGUGGAUGACAUCAGAGCGCUGUAUCAGUUUGGCUAUUGGAAACAAGGAGGAGCAUGCCAUACUUCUCUGUAAUUUCUUUCUGUAUUUUGGAAAGAAAGCUUUGGUCCUUCUAGGAACCUCCGUGUUGGAAGGGCGUGUGGCUUAUGUGUUAACUAAAGAAACUGAUGAAUGUUUGCUUUGGAAUCCAUUAACCGGGCAAUGCCAUAAGCAGUUUGACCCAUUUUGUCCCUUACAAAGUGUAGACUGUUUGUUUGAUGAUGAAAACGUCUGGUUUAAUAUUCAGCAAAAUAAUACACCAAUGGCUGUAUAUUUUGACUAUACAAAGGAAGGUUUCUGGAAACAGUUGCUUCCAAAAUAUUAUCAAGGGACAAAAGCACAAAGUAUACAGCCUGAAGAAAUAAUUUAUUCUGAUACUAACAGAAGCAUGGUAGAAGACCUAAAGAACAGAAUUGAACGGACUCUGAAAUGUAAAAUAAUGGAAUGGCGACCUAAACAGCCAACACGUUGGAAUAGACAGUGUACUUUCAUUUUACGACAAAUCCUUCCUAAGCUAGAACUUGGCACUGGAAGCUUUGUUUCAUCUGAAGAGGAGAGUGAAUUUGGAAGACUACUAAAAUUUUAUUGGGUGGUGGGAUUUCCUCUCCAGAUGCCAUACACUGAUGUACAGUCAGUUAUUGAUGCCGUGUAUCAAACUGGAAUUCACUCCUCCGAUUUUCCGCAGACAGAAUUUGCUCUAGCUGUGUACAUUCACCCAUACCCAAACAACAUCCUAUCUGUGUGGGUUUAUUUGGCUUCAUUAGCUCGACAUGAUUGAAAAGGAAGAAGGGAAAAGGAAAAGCUUGUGCAUGGGCCCCAACCAGAAGCCAAAACUUUUCUGUUACUUGGGAUUUUUCUGUUUAUCCUCAAGUCCAGACAAGUGUGAGCUCAAUUUUUGGUUUACUUAUAGAGUUGAACACAAUGGAGACUCACUCCCUGAGUCUUUGAGGGCAAGUAUAAAUGACCUCCUCACCUGAGACUGCUUCAAGGAGGACCUGUCAGGAAGUCUGGCGCCUUGGGUCACUGUCUAUAGGAGGUCUUAUUCUGAGAAAGAGGCAAUUCUGGCCUCUUUUGCUAAAGCCAGUGUUAAUUGUGGGCCCACACCACUUCCAUCAAAAUCACCUGGAAAGCCUUACUGAAAAUGCAGAUUCCACAUCCCAGCCAGGACCUACUGAAUCAAGACCUCUGGGAGUGCAACUUCAGAACCCACAUUAUUUUCAACAAGCUCCCCAGGAACACUGGGGCUUCUUGAGUCACUCCCACAAACAGAGAACAGAGACCCCAAAUUCAUCCUCAGGGAACCCUCAAUCUGCAUCCCCUCACUCAGUUCACCAGCAUAGGCUGGUGCCAGAGAAGACCUCAUUUAUUUGGAGUGAUGUUAGUCUUGGACCAAACUCGAGAUUACUAGAAGAGUAAAAAGAGCUACAAUAUGGGUGAAGGGAAUGCUUUUUCUCCAAGGUUAAAAACUAAUUGUAUGUGUCUUCUGGCAUGCAACAAAAAACUGAUCAGAAUCUUUGUUUUUAUUUAAAUGUUUGUGUUUAAAUACUAUAUGAAAUGUUAUUAACAAGUCUCCCACAUUGAUGGGAGUAGCACAAAAUGACAUCUAUAGAAAGGCAAGUUUGCCAAAGAAGUGCUGAAUUCACACAGUUCAUUUCUGUGGCACAUAGAGUGUUUACAUAGCUAUUUUGUUAGCCGUUAAUGGUUUUAGAAUUGAUAGGCCACUUAAGAUUAAGGUGGAACGUGUUCAUAGGCAAGUGUGUAUUAUAUGCAUUUUAUAUGCAUAUGUGUUUCAAAACUAAAUAUUCUUCAUUAAAAUUGUGUAAUUGUAAUGAACCAUUUUUAUUUGACUAUUUAAAAAAUACAUGAUAUUAAAUGUAAUGUAUAAUUUUAAAAUUCUUUAAAUCAUCCCACAAAUAAUUACAGAGCACCCAUUACGUACCAGACACUUUAGUAUGUGCUGGAGGACAGCAAUGAAAAGACAAAGGUCCUCCCCUUGUAAAGCUUUCAUCCUUACAGGGGAAACAGGUCCUAAGCACAUAAAUAGUAAGUAAGAUAAUUUUGGGGUGUGAUGAGUGCUAUAAAGGAAAGAAAUAGGUUGGUGUGAUGGAGAAGGACUUAGUGGGGCUGGAGGGUAUAAGCAGAGUAGUCAGGGAAGGGCUCUCUACAGAGAAUGUUUGAGCUGAGAUUUAAAAGAUGAUUUGUCAGAGGGGGAGGGUAUAGCUCAAGUGGUAGAGCACAAGCUUAACAUGCACAAGGUCCUGAGUUCAAUCCCUAGUACCUCCUCUAAAAAUAAAUAAUAAAACCUAAUUACCUCCCCCUGCCAAAAAAUAAUAAAGCAAUACAAUAAUAAAUAAAAUUUAGAAUUGCAUUCAGUUACAUGUAACAGAAACCUAAUCACAGUAGAUAACCAAAUAGGGAUUACAUAACUGUCAAGUCCAGAGGAGGCAGUCCAACCCUGGUACAGUCUGCGAUGUCGUAAGUGUACUAGUCUUCAUCCAUCUUCUUCACUAUCUCUAAGGAGACUUCUGUCCUCUUGCUCAGUGGUUCUCAAACGCAUACAUAAGAAUCACCUGAAGAGUGUGUUGAACCACAGAUUGCUGGGCCCUACCCUCAGAGUUUCUGAUUCAGUGGGAUCUGGGGUGGGGCCUGAUAAUUUGUAUUUAUAACAUGUUCCCAGGUGCUACUGAAACUGCUGAUCUGGGAACCACAGAGGCUCUAGCCUCACAGCCAUUUUUAUGGCAAGAAAAUGCAGAAAGGGAAGGAGGAGGUAGAGGAUGCAGCUGGUUUAGCUCUUUUAAAAAGCUUCCCAUGAGGCUGUACCCAGUAACUUCUACUUACAUUCCAUUGGCCAGAAUUGUAUCACUCCUGGCCACAAGAGAGGCUCGAUGUCGAGUAUUUUAAGUGGACAUAUUGCUGUCCCAAUAAAAUCAGUGUUCUGUUGAUGAGGAAUUAGGGGAGGAUGGCUACUGGGUAGGUAUCUGUGGCUUCUACAGUUGAGAGGAAGCCAGUCAUGCAAAGAUCUGUGGCAAAAGCAUCUCAGGCAAAGGAGACCGCAAUUACAAAGGCCUCUAGUCCAGAAAGAGUCUUAGAUGGGGAGGCGGGUGGGAAGAGGAGUAGCACACAAGUUGGAGAGAUUAGGACCAUAUAGGUCAUGGUAAAGAGUUCACAUUUUAUUUAAAGUAUUAGCAAAUAAAUCUAAAUCCUUGAAAUGUUUAAAUUAACUGAAUAAAGUUGUAUUUUUCCUUUUUUAUGUUUAGGAAUGCUUUAAAAUUAUUUUUAGAGAUACUUAUUGUUUGUGCAUAAAAAUGAUCAUAUUUUUGAAUGCAAAUUUUCUUUUUCUUUUCCUUUUUUGCUUAGAUCCCUGUCCCAUUAUUCUCCCCUCUUCCACCCACGUUAUUCACUCCACUUACCAACCAUGGAUGCUUCCACUUGCCAACAUUCUCAUGGACACAUACAUAUAUGCAUAUGUUCCUGUUUGUUUUAUAAAAAUGGGACCACAUUAGGUAUGCUUUUCUGUAUGUUGUUUUUCUCCUUCAAAAAUUGUGAAAAUACUCCAAGUGAAUGAAUUCAUUCUUCUGAAAGGAUCCGUAUUAUUCUAAAGUGUGGAUAGGACCACUACAUGCAAUUAAGCAGCCACACAACUUAAUUUAUGUGAAAGGACCCCUGGAGUUGUAUAAUACAUGAGAGUCCUGGCUGUGGAUAUUAUUUGUUAUAGUUUAUAUUAAACUGUUCCUCUGCUGAUGAGAAUAUCUUUUGAUCCAGAUGGUCAACGUGGUGUUUAACUUGUAUGGAUCCUUGCUGUUUUUCUGCAUACUAGUUCUGUCAAUUACUGAGAGAGGAGUAUUGAAGCUGCCAACUGUAAUUAUGAAUUUGUCUGUUUUUUCUUUCAGUUCUUUCAGUUUCUGCUCCAUGUAUUUUGAAACUCUGUUGUUAGAUGCACACAGAUUUAGGAUUUAUGUCUUCCAGGUGAAUUAACCCUUUUUUCAUUGUGCAAUGUUCCUUUUCACUCUUAGCGGUUUUCUUUGCUCAGAAGUCUGUUUUGUCUGAUGCUUAUAUAGCCACUUCAGCUUUCUUUGGAUUAGUGUUUACCUGGUAUAUAUAUUUCCAUCUUGUUACUUUUGAUGUUAUAUUUAUAUAUGAAGUGAGUUUCUUGUGGAUAGCAUAUAGUUAUGUUUUCCUUUUUUAAUACCUUCUGACAAUUUUCUUUUUUUUUAAUUUAGACCAUUUACACUUAAAUGUAAUCAUUUAUGUUUGGACUUAGGUCUACCAUUCUAUUAUUUAUA